AUGGAGAUUGGAGCACUAGUUUUAGCAGUCACCGCUGUUGUCAGAUCAGGUGAGGCUACAGAAAGAAAGAAUAAAAAACGAGGAAUUUUAUCAACUAAUAUUGGAAGCGGCUACGAAAAUAAUCAUGGCAGUGGUGUAGGACUAGAAGUUGGUGGUGAUCAUGGUAUAGGUGGAAUAAAUCUAAGCGGUCAUGAAGGCAGUUUUGGUGUGAAUCGUGGUUAUGGCGGUUUUGGAAGCGGGGCAGAAGCAGAUCUAAGCAGCGGCUUUAGCAGCGGAAUAGGCGGUGGUGCUACUGUUACCACUAUAAAUAGAGCUGUUCCAGUUUCUGUUCCACAGCCCUACCCAGUAACUGUUAACAGGCCAGUCCCUGUUCCAGUGCCACAACCUUUUGAAGUUCCUGUACCUAGACCCGUUCAAGUACCUGUCCCCGUUGCUCAACGUAUUGAAGUUCCUAGACCAUAUCCAGUUGUAGUAAAUCGUCCAGUACCUGUUGCUGUUCCUACACCGGUACGUGUACCAAUUCCACAACCUGUCAGUGUUCCAGUACCCCAACCUUACCCAGUUACAAUCCCACAACCUGUUUCAGUUAGAGUACCUCAAACCAUCGUAGUUCCAGUUGCUCAACCUAUUUUUGUUGGAAGUGGUAAUGGUGAAAUUGGUGGAGGAUUCGAACAAGGCAUCGGACAAGGAAUUAGUAGUGGAUCUUUGGGAAAUAAAUUUGGAGGAUAUAGUCUUCUAGGUAGACAUGGGGGUGGCCUAGAAAACCAUGGUGUUUCCUUAGGGAACGGCUAUGGAAGACUUUCGUCUAAUGUUAUUGGAAAAUCAAUUUCUUUUGGAUCUGGAGGACAUAGUGGUGGUGCUGCCAGUUAUUCUAGUAUUUCUCGUGGAUAUUCGAAAUAUUAG